UCUCUAGCCUGUGGGCUCGUCCAAAGGCCGGGCGUGAAGCCCUUUGGGUGGAGGGAGGGGCUCCCGUGGUCACUCACUUCCGGGUCCCCGCCAACAGGAACGGAAACUGUACAGCCAGUCAGCUUCGUGAGCUUCUUCCGGCGUUCUGUGUGCUGCCCUGGAAACCGUAUGGACGAAUCCAAACCUGGAGGGGCUCCGCCUCCGUAAGGCUGGUCGGCGCUUCCGCGCGUUCCGCUUUGCUUCACUGCUUUCUCCCCUAUUCUUGGGAAUGUGGACCUGUCCUGAGGCAGAGGCCGAGAUGCGCGCAACCGCGGGAGCAGCCUAGUGGACUCGAGUCUUUUCUUGACUUACCUACCAGUCCCAGGUGAUGCUCAUGCUUCUGGUGCGGGAGUCAUGAUUGUGCUGAAGGAGCUAGAGAUGCUAUUAUUCUACUGUAUGUGAGAAAUCGGCCCAGAGAUGGAAAACUUUAUUCUGUAUGAGGAGAUUGGAAGAGGAAGCAAGACUGUUGUCUAUAAAGGGCGACGGAAGGGAACAAUCAAUUUUGUAGCCAUUCUUUGUACUGAUAAGUGCAAAAGGCCUGAAAUAACCAACUGGGUCCGUCUCACCCAUGAAAUUAAACACAAGAAUAUUGUAACUUUUCAUGAAUGGUAUGAAACCAGCAAUCACCUCUGGCUAGUGGUGGAACUCUGCACAGGUGGUUCCUUAAAAACAGUUAUUGCUCAAGAUGAAAACCUCCCAGAAGAUGUUGUGAGAGAAUUUGGGAUUGACCUGGUUACUGGAUUACAUCAUCUUCAUAAACUUGGCAUUCUCUUUUGUGACAUUUCUCCUGGGAAGAUACUCUUGGAAGGGCCUGGCACACUGAAGUUUAGCAACUUUUGCUUGGCAAAAGUGGAAGGUGAAAAUUUGGAAGAGUUCUUUGCUUUGGUGGCAGCAGAGGAAGGAGGAGGUGAUAGCGGGGAAAAUGUCCUGAAGAAAAGCAUGAAAAGUAGAGUCAAAGGAUCUCCUAUAUAUACAGCACCAGAAGUUGUGAGGGGUGCUGACUUUUCCAUCUCCAGUGACCUCUGGUCUUUGGGCUGUCUGCUUUAUGAAAUGUUUUCAGGAAAACCUCCAUUCUUCUCAGAAAGUAUUUCAGAAUUAACUGAAAAGAUCUUAUGUGAAGAUCCUUUGCCACCUAUUCCAAAAGAUUCUUCUCGUCCUAAAGCUUCUUCAGAUUUUAUUAAUUUGCUUGAUGGGUUACUUCAAAGAGAUCCUCAAAAAAGAUUAACUUGGACAAGGCUACUGCAGCAUUCAUUUUGGAAGAAAGCUUUCGCUGGACCAGAUCAGGAAUCAAGCAUGGAAGAUCUCAGUCUCAGCAGAAACACAAUGGAGUGUUCUGGGCCACAAGAUUCCAAGGAGCUUUUGCAGAAUGCUCAGAGUAGACAAGCAAAAGGGCACAAGAGCGGUCAACCACUAGGUCACUCUUUCAGACUAGAAAAUCCAACUGAGUUUCGGCCUAAGAGUACUCUUGAGGGUCAGUUGAAUGAAUCCAUGUUUCUUCUCAGUUCUCGUCCUACUCCCAGAACUAGCACUGCAGUGGAAGUAAGUCCUGGUGAGGAUAUGACUCAUUGUUCACCACAGAAGACUUCUCUGACCAAGAUUGCAACUGGACACCUGAGUCAGCAGGACCUGGAAUCCCAGAUGAGAGAGCUUAUCUACACAGACUCAGAUCUUGUUGUCACCCCCAUUAUCGACAAUCCAAAGAUAAUGAAACAGCCACCAGUUAAAUUUGAUACAAAAAUAUUGCAUCUACCAGCAUAUUCAGUGGAUAAGUUAUUAUUUCUGAAAGACCAAGAUUGGAAUGACUUUUUGCAACAAGUGUGCUCGCAGAUUGACUCCACUGAGAAGAGCAUGGGGGCCUCCCGAGCCAAACUGAAUCUCCUUUGCUAUUUGUGCGUGGUGGCUGGUCAGCAGGAGGUGGCCACCAGGCUCCUCCAUUCCCCCCUGUUCCAAUUGCUAAUCCAGCAUUUGCGGAUAGCUCCAAACUGGGAUAUACGGGCCAAGGUUGCUCGGGUGAUUGGUUUACUGGCUUCGCACACAACUGAGCUCCAGGAAAAUACUCCUGUUGUUGAGGCAAUUGUUCUCUUAACUGAAUUAAUUAGGGAAAACUUCAGGAACAGCAAAUUAAAACAGUGCCUUUUACCAACCCUUGGGGAGCUGAUCUAUCUUGUAGCCACCCAGGAAGGAAAAAAAAAGAACCCUAGAGAGUGCUGGGCUGUUCCCUUGGCUGCAUACACAGUGCUAAUGAGGUGCCUUCGGGAAGGGGAAGAGCGUGUUGUGAAUCACAUGGCAGCAAAAAUUAUUGAAAAUGUCUGUACCACCUUUUCUGCUCAGGCCCAGGGCUUUAUUACAGGAGAAAUCGGACCCAUUUUAUGGUACCUAUUCAGACACUCCACUGCCGAUUCUCUUAGGAUAACAGCAGUAUCGGCCUUGUGUAGAAUCACUCGCCAUUCUCCUACUGCCUUCCAGAAUGUUAUUGAAAAGGUGGGACUGAACUCAGUAAUAAACUCCCUGGCCUCUGCCAUCUGCAAAGUUCAGCAGUACAUGUUGACCUUAUUCACUGCCAUGUUGUCCUGUGGGAUUCAUCUUCAAAGACUAAUCCAAGAAAAGGAUUUUGUCUCCACAGUUAUCCAUUUACUCGACAGCCCCUCAACAUACAUUAGAGCAAAAGCCUUCCUGGUUCUUCUAUAUAUUUUGAUUUAUAACCGUGAGAUGUUGCUGCUCAGUUGCCAAGCAAGACUGGUGAUGUACAUCGAGAGAGACAGCAGAAAGACCACUCCAGGCAAGGAGCAGCAAAGUGGCAAUGAAUACCUGUCCAAAUGUCUGGAUCUUCUCAUCCGUCACAUCGUGCAGGAGCUGCCACGAAUCCUGGGUGACAUUCUUAACGCCUUGGCUAAUGUUUCUGGACGUAAACACCCGUCAACAGUUCAAGUGAAACAGCUGAAGAUGUGUCUCCCCCUGAUGCCUAUAGUGCUUCACCUUGUAACUUCACAGGUAUUUCGACCUCAAGUUGUGACAGAAGAGUUUCUUUUCAGCUACGGAACUAUUCUUAGUCAUAUUAAAUCUAUAGACUCAGGAGAAACGAACAUAGAUGGAGCCAUAGGACUGACAGCAUCAGAAGAAUUUAUCAAGAUCACGUUGUCAGCUUUUGAAGCAAUAAUACAGUAUCCUAUUUUACUGAAAGACUAUCGCUGCACGGUUGUUGAUUAUAUCCUGCCACCCUUGGUGUCCUUGGUUCAAAGCCAAAAUGUGGAGUGGAGACUCUUUAGCUUGCGGUUGCUCUCAGAAACCACAUCUCUACUCGUGAACCAGGAGUUUGGGGAUGGCAAGGAGAAGGCCAGUGUCGAUUCUGACAGCAAUCUUCUGGCUCUCAUUCGAGAUGUCUUACUUCCCCAGUAUGAGCACAUUCUUGUAGAACCUGACCCGGUACCAGCCUAUGCUCUGAAACUGCUAGUUGCGUUGACUGAACACAACCCAACUUUCACAAGACUUGUGGAAGAAAGCAAACUGAUCCCACUCAUUUUUGAAGUAACUCUGGAACAUCAGGAGAGCAUUCUGGGUAAUACCAUGCAAAGUGUGAUUGCGUUACUCAACAAUCUAGUUGCCUGCAAAGAUUCGAAUAUGAAACUACUUUAUGAACAAGGACUUGUCAGUCACAUCUGUAACCUGCUCACUGAAACUGCCACACUGUGCUUGGAUGUGGAUAGUAAAAACAACAAUGAAAUGGCAGCUGCACUGCUCUUUUCCCUGCUUGAUAUUUUGCACAGUAUGCUGACCUAUACCUCCGGUAUCGUACGGCUGGCUUUGCAGGCCCAGAAGUCUGGCUCAGGAGAGGACACUCAGGCUGCAGAAGACCUGCUGCUGCUCGGCAAACCUUUGACAGACCUGAUGAGCCUGCUCGUUCCGCUGCUUCCUAAUGAAGAUCCUGAGAUUUUCGACAUUUCAUCCAAGUGCCUGUCUAUACUGGUUCAGCUGUACGGAGGGGAAAACCCAGACAGCCUCUCUCCUGAAAAUGUGGAAAUUUUUGCUCAUUUGCUGACAUCCAAGGAGGACCCAAAGGAACAGAAGCUUCUGUUAAGGAUUCUCAGAAGAAUGAUCACCUCCAAUGAGAAGCACUUGGAGAGCCUCAAGAAUGCGGGCAGCCUCCUGCAGGCUCUGGAGCAGCUGGCCCCCAGGAGUAGUUCAUUUGCUGACAGCAUGGUGGCUCCCUUGGCCCUGGAAAUCCUCCAAGCUGUUGGACACUAGGCAAGAAAGUGCUUCGCACAAGCCCACCCUGUGACCCCAGCCCUCGGAUGCACAAGCGAGGUCAGCUCCCAGACAUCUUUGCCACAUCCCCUCACAGCUGUAUUUGGACCUAAUAAAGUCACCUGAACGCAGAA